AUGGCUAGUUGGCAAAUUCGCAAUUGGCUAUCAAAUAAUCUGAGACGCGUGGCGUCAUGUUCGGUGUCGACGCAGGCGGCGCUUCCGAAAAACACUUGUGCCGCGUUUUCUCUUAUCCGCUCCCAGCCUUCGCAAUACAUUGUCGCGUCUCUCGCAGGACGUAAAUAUCUCCUCGCACCCAGGGACUUACUCACAGUCCCGCAUCUUAAAGACGUACAUGUUGGCGAUGUGUUGGCGUUGCAGGACAUACAUGAAGUUGGUUCACGGGAUUACACCCUUCGCGGUGAUCCCAUAAUAUCCCCAAGUCGCGUCAAGGUUGAAGCUACCGUAGUCGAGCAUACCAAGGGCAAAAUGGAGGUGGUGUUCAAGAAGAAGCGUAGAAAGGGUUACCAGAAGACGAUCAAGAACAAGCAUCCAUACACUCGUCUGCGUAUAGGCUCCAUUGAGUUCCCCGAGCCUUCGAAUCCAUAGCAUUAGUCUGAGCACUACUAAUAAUGUUUUGUUUUCUAAUCUGAAUGAUCACACGAGAAAACUGAAGUCAGUGAAUAUUAAAAAUGCAGUGUAUAAGUAUCAUAUCUCCCCUUCUUCAGGCGUUUCCGCCCUCCGGGAUCGUUCUCCGCGUUCUUCCCUAGAAUCUAUAUCAGGAUCAUAACGAGCACGUUUUUCAGCGCGUUCACUAUGUGCCCUAUCAGAGCCCCGUUUCCGUUCUCUGCUCGUAUGGAGGCGCAUCAGUCCGC